UGAAGUCUUUUAUUUUGAAAACUCGCGCAGCGAUUGACGGUUAUUCCUUAUUUCCAGCGCUGUUGCUCUUAUCUGCACUUUUAAACCCGAGCACUCCAUGAAAUAAAGUAAGUCAGUCGGGAGGCGGAACGGAGACAAAACUGGAAGGGCUCAGCAGUGCCUGGGAGCCCAGGGAGCCACUGCCUGAGUCCCUCGAGGUAGAAACUAAGAAGAAACUGGACAUGAACGCCGCAAAGGGAGGCCUGGUCAUUUUUACGGCCAACUCCAACCCCUCCAGCAGGGAGCUGGGAAAAAGGAUCGCAGAACGAUUGGGUGUGGAGCUUGGCAAGGUGCAAGUGUAUCAAGAAGCAAAUAGAGAAACGCGUGUUCAGAUCCAGGAGUCGGUGCGUGGUAAAGAUGUCUUCAUCAUCCAGACUGUAUCCAAGGAUGUCAACACAACCAUCAUGGAACUGCUCAUUAUGGUGUAUGCCUGCAGAACCUCCUGUGCCCGGAAUAUCAUCGGAGUCAUUCCCUAUUUUCCCUACAGUAAACAGUGCAAAAUGAGAAAAAGAGGUUCCAUCGUCUCUAAGCUGCUGGCCUCUAUGAUGUGUAAAGCAGGUCUUAGUCAUCUCAUUACUAUGGAUUUGCAUCAAAAGGAAAUCCAAGGUUUCUUCAACAUUCCAGUCGACAACCUCCGAGCAUCUCCGUUUUUGCUACAGUACAUUCAGGAAGAGAUCCCUGACUACAGAAACGCAGUGAUUGUGGCCAAAUCUCCAUCCUCAGCUAAAAGGGCUCAGUCAUUUGCUGAAAGGCUUCGACUGGGCAUUGCUGUGAUCCAUGGUGAAGCGCAGGACGCCGAAUCAGAUCUUGUGGACGGACGACACUCUCCACCUACUGUGAAAAACAUGGGAGCCAUCCACCCCAGUCUGGAGAUACCAUUGCUCAUCCCAAAAGAAAAGCCUCCAAUAACUGUGGUGGGAGAUGUAGGUGGCCGAAUUGCCAUUAUUGUGGAUGAUAUUAUUGAUGAUGUGGAUAGUUUUCUGGCAGCAGCUGAAACGCUGAAGGAACGAGGGGCAUACAAAAUCUUUGUCAUGGCUACUCAUGGAAUCCUCUCGUCUGAUGCACCACGUCUUAUAGAGGAGUCAGCUAUUGAUGAGGUGGUCGUCACAAACACCAUUCCACACGAGAUCCAGAAACUGCAGUGUCCCAAGAUCAAGACGGUGGACAUCAGCAUGAUCCUAUCAGAGGCCAUUCGCCGUAUCCACAACGGAGAAUCGAUGUCUUACCUGUUCCGCAACAUAGGCAUGGAUGAUUGACAGCCCUGCUGGAUGGUGCCCCAUCACUGCCAGUUGCGUAAUGUGCACAGAGGUCCAAUUUUCUCCCCCUCAUCAUAUGUAUGUAAAACGUGGCCAAGAGUUAAAAAAAAUGCAUUUCAUUUUUUUCUUUGCUGAUGUUUUCGUUAUGUAUUCCGCUACAUUUGAAAUCUGUGUUUGUUCUUAAAGGCCACUGACGUUUGUAAGAUGUGUUUAUGUUUGUGAUGUUUACUCAUUAAUUGCUGCGGUGGAAUUCCCAGAAAUGCUUGAAAAGAAGAAGGGCAGGUUCUGGAAACACCCCUUAUUGAUGUUAGACUAAGAUUAGUCUCUAAUAUUGAGUGAUUUAGAGGAAUAUUGAGUGUUUUCCACUGGAUUUAAAUGCUGCAAUCGAUAUCCAAAGGGUCAGAGUACUCUGCUGUGUUGGAGUAUUCAGAGAUAGGGCCUUUUAUGUUGUAGUUCUUGAGGAGUCAGAACUUCUCUUUGUGGCCAACAACAACAGAUAAUUAUUCAGUAGUAAUCUGUUAGCACUAUGCCAGAAUACUGUAUACCAGUGUCUUCACCUCGAGACUUGUGUAAUCACUGUGCCACUAGACAAUUAGCAUUUAAUUGAUUUGGUGAUUGUUGGGCAGCACUUAUAAUAGAUUUAAUGAAUAUUUAUUUUUUACAAUUUGAUUGCAAAUUUCCACUGCAGCUGUUUCAUGUGCGGCAGGCGAUUGCCACUUACACUUAGAAGUAGAGAGACAUGGUAAUGUACAGAGUUGAAUGUCAUUCAUGCUAAGAUGCUCCACUAACACUUCAGCGCUUACAGCUGACAUGCUUUUGCCAAUACGGGACCAUAGGAGCGUUCUUGCUUCAUUACUCAGUUAGUAGUGGUCAUCAUUACGCUGUGUGUUGCCUAAAAGAGAACUUGUUUAUCUCAUUUACUGGUCAAAUGCAGGGUUUUUUGUCAUGGUACUAAUCCUUCAGGCUUUUAUAUUUAUUCACUGCACUUGAUUAAUAAAUAAAAUAAUAUAAAGAAUCA